AUGCGUGAAGUUGAAGAAGGAAUUACUAGAUGCCGAGAUCUGCUGAACCAACAUAAAGAAUUAACUAUUAAAGUGCAGAAACGUGAAGAAACAGAAUUUCGGUUAAAUGAACUGAGCAUGUGGUUAAGUCAAAGGAUUCACCGUUCGCUCGUGGAAUAUGGAAAGUAUGGCACAACAGUCGAACAAGUAGCAGAUUUUGAAGAUGUACAUCGGCGUCUUCAACGUGAGCUGCAAUCUAGAGAACCUGAAUUAGAAGAAUUAAGAAUUGCGAUUAGUCGACUAUCUCCACCUGCUGGUAGAUCGAGCUCACAGGAUCGUUUAAAUGAACUGUCAUCUUGUUGGACACGUUAUAGGCAAAUAAUUCAAUUACGAUUGGAAUUAGCUAGUCAAUUCUCUUCUUUACUAAAGGGUAUACGUGAGAAUGAUGCUCAUUUUAAUUCGACAAUUCAAAAAAUGAAUGAAACUGAUAAAAUAAAAUUAACAACAACUAAUUUAGAUUUUCAUCCAAGUUGUGUAAUUGGUACUGCCGAUACACAACAAAUAGCUGAACGAAUUCGACGUGAAUUAAAUAUGACUACAAGUAGUUUAGAAGAAGAACAAAUAAUCAUUCGUCAAUUUAUCAAUCACAUUACUCAAAGAGCUGAUCAAGAUUUGCAAAUAACUGAAACAGUUCAUUUCUGUCAAGUUCAAUUAGAACUAAAUAAUAAACGUUUAAAUCAAUUACGUGAUUCUUGGGAUAACUGUCAACAAUUAUGGGAUCAAUAUAAACUUGCUCAAGAACAAUGGACUAUAUUUACAGAAACAGCUCGUCGUUUGGAUGAAUCGAUAACAUCAUCACUUUCACGUAUGUCCAGAACACCAUUGCCGAAUCAACCACAUGAACUUGCAGAAGCUUUAAGGGUUCAUCAUAAUGAACGCAAUGAAAUUGAUCAUUUAACAUUGAAUUUAAAAACAGAAGCUCAACAAUUAGGCUCCAUGAUUGGUGCACAACCGGAUGAUCAUGACUAUAAUAGUCAAAGUUGGAGAUUUAUUGAAGUUCCGAAUAAAUUCAUUUCUGGUCUACCAUUAUCAACUAUGGGAAAACGUUUACGUUCAGAAAUGUGUUUACAAUUAGCUGGUUUAGAAACAAGGUGGAACGCAUGGGAUAAAGCAUGGACAUCAAGAAGUAUACAACUGGAACGACGUGGUACACAUUUUGGACAGUUAACAACUAUUGAGGAGAUAGAAGCAGAAAUUAUUUCAGCUGAAAGAAAAUUACAACAGAUUAUGGGAAUGGUUUCAUUAACUGCACCAUUAUCACAAGUUCAAAUUGCUGAUAGAGAUCUUAGUCAAAUUGAGGCUACGAUACCAGUUUUACACAGUCGAAUACGUUCUAGUGCACCUGAUAUGAAAUUACAGUUAAUUCAAGGUGAACCAUCACCAACGGAAUAUACUGGAACAAAUAUUGAUUUGUUAAAUGUUUCAAAACGUCAUGAACAUCUUGAAACACGUUUAACAACAUUCACACAAGAAACUGUACGAUGUCGUACUGAAAUUAAUUUAACUCUACGCUUAUUAAAUGCAGUAGAUACAGCACAGAAAGCCUUAUCACAGAUAACAUUUAAUUUAGAUCGUGUUAAAAAUCAACUACCAGAAAUUUCUUCAGAAAAUCGUUAUCAGAUUGAAGAGAUACGUUUUGAUAUAUCAGAACAAAUUAAUAGAGGACGAGUACUAGCUGAUACACAUAUACCAGUCUUGGAACAAUUAUCUAUUCAAUAUCCACGCCCUAUGGAAGCAAAACAAUUUAUCCAACCUAUUGUAAAUGAGUUUCAAUCAUCUAUUAAUAAUUUAAAUCAAUUAUCAGAUGAAAUUCGUAUAAGAACAGAACAAUCUAUUAAUUUACAACGUUUACAACCUACACAUGUAUAUGAUGAUCAAAUGAAAGCCACUACACUUACAAUGCCAAUAAAAGCUAAACCACCAACAAUUAUUAAACCAUUAGAAAAUAUAACUAUAGAAGAAGGUAAAAAAAUCAUUAUGGAAACAAUAUUUGAUUCUGGUCUUCCGCCAGAUGCUAACCCGUAUGAUACUAAUCAAUUACAAGUAACUUGGUACAAAGAUGGAAUACCUGUAGUUACUCCAGACUAUGAAGUUAAUUUAACAGAGGACACAGCAAGUUUGAAAAUAUCUGAGACUUUAAAUGAAGAUAAUGCUAUAUUCACAUGUUAUAUUAGUACACCAUAUGGUAAAGCUGAGACAAAAUGUACGUUAACAAUAAUAGAUACGAUUAGUCCAGUACCAGUCAAUGAAAGUUUAGUUCAACCUACUAGGAAUGUAAGAGAACAAAAACCUAUUCCUGAACUUGGUGAUCCGCCUGAAUUUAUCAAACAUCUUAAAUCUAUGUGUAUAGAUGAAACUAGUGAAUUGGUUUUAGAUUGUCAAGCAGUUGGUUUACCUGUACCAAUUUUAUCAUGGUAUAGAAAUGGUCAAUUAAUUGAUCAAAAUCCUGAUUUUAAAAUUACUCAAUUAGCUGGAUCAGGAAUAUUAAGGAUUCCACAAUGUCGAAUAAUGAAUCAUUCUGGAUUAUAUUUAUGUCGUGCUACUAAUCCUUAUGGUGAAUGUUCAACCACUUGUCAAGUGGAUAUAAAUCCAGCUAAGCCACCAAUAAUUAUUCAACCAUUACAAAAUGUUAAUCUUAAAGUUGGUGAUAGAUGUAAAUUAACUGUUCAGUAUAAGAGUGAACUUCCAGUUGAGGUAGAUUGGUAUCAUAAUGAUUUGCCAAUUCAAGGAGAAGUGGGUCGUCGACGUAUUACAAUGGAAUUAAAUAAUAUGAUCAGUUUACAUCUUCUUAUGGUUUCUGAUUUAGAAGACGGAAAGUAUACUUGUACAGUUCGUAAUGCAGCAGGCUCAGCUACUACAUAUUGUAAUGUUACUGUUCAACCAACAGAUACAAGAGAAUCUUUAUUAGCGUCACAAGUGACACUACGACCAACAGCUCCACGUCGUAGAAGGGAUUUACAGUCUGAUUCAGAUGAAGUAUUUGAACCAGUUAAAAUACCACGAAUAGUUCAAUCACCUAUCGGAGUCACAGAAGAACAAGUGAUUCCAGUUAGUGCAGUUAAAGGAGCCUAUCCAAAAUAUACUCAAAGAGCUGUUUCAGUACCACCUACAACAACAGCCUCUGUACCUUUAAGAAUACAAAAAAAUGCCACGGGAGGACGUCCAGUAUCAGAUUAUGGCAGACCCCCACAGUUUAUUCUACCAUUGCAAAAUUCUGGAGUGAAUGAAGCGGAAAAAAUCAAAUUAGAAUGUCAAAUUACUGGGAUUCCUGCACCACAGGUUACUUGGCUUAAAAAUGGUAUCCCAUUAGCUAGAUCUAAUUCAUAUGUAACUAAAGAGAUUGGACAAUAUCACUGUCUAAUCUUUUAUGAUGUAUUUCUUGAUGAUCAAGGUGAAUAUACAUGUGUAGCUGAAAAUCCUUAUGGAAAAGCAUUUAGUUCAUGUAGAAUGGAUGUUGAACCGAUUUGUGAAGAUGAACAACCAACUGAUAGUGAACCGACGUUAGUAAAACCAUUACCGCCAAGUUUAUCUGUUGUAGAAGGUGGAUCAGUUGAGUUAACAUGUCAAUUCACUGGAAGGCCAAUACCUUCCAUAGUAUGGCUUAAAGAUGGUAAACAACCACAAUCUUCAAUUAAUUUUCAGACAUUUCAAGAUUCUGGUUUUGCACGUCUUUAUAUACCAAAAGUUGAAAAAGAUAAAACUGGUCUAUAUGAAGCUGUAGCAACAAAUCCAUUAGGUAGUUGUUCUACUACUGUAUAUAUGGAAAUACUUCCAUCUAUACGAACAUCUAUUGAUUUAUUGCCAACAAUUUCACCAGUGAUGAGUGGAAGUUCACCGGAAUUUACGCGAAUAUUUAAAGAUGUUUAUAUUGAAUCAGAACGUUUAGAAGAAGUGGUACUUGAAUGUUCAGUAGUUGGUGUUCCAACACCAAUAGUGUAUUGGACACAUAAUGGAAUAAUUAUCAGACCAGAUGAUCAACGUUAUACUAUUGGCCAAGGACCUGGCCCAAAUGAUCAUUGUUUAAUUAUCCGACGACCAGGACCAGAAUCAGCAGGUCGUUAUCAAGCUAUAGCUGAAAAUCUGCAUGGAAGAGUUACAUGUUCAGCAUUUAUAAGUCCUAUUGGUUAUAGUCAAACAAUAAUUAAAAGACCUCCAUCUACGAUGAGUUUAACAAGGCAUACAGUUACACGACAAAUAUGUCCACGUGAAACAUCAUUACCUCCAUCACCAGCAAGUACUGCUCCAAUCAUUUCACCACAAUCAUUUGCUACAGUUCAAUUACCUUUAUCACCAGUACGAUUUCAAAGAGAAACAUCAGCUCCACCAUCACAAUACUAUUUGACAAGACAUCAUUUACAAAUAAGACCAAGACAGCCAACACCACCAAUUCAACUGACCUUUGCAUUACCACGCAAAGAACAAUCAUUAAGUCGAACAGAGAUAAUACGACCUAUUGAUAGUCAGUUAAAAUUACAAGGACAAGUAAAACAUUAUAGUAGUACACAACAUUUAUAUAAAAAACAAAUUACACCAAUUGUACCAAAUAUUGAAACACGUUAUUCACGACGUGUUGCUAGUCAACCACGUCUUUCACCAGGUUAUUCAUCAGAAGAAGAACAUGAACAUAGUAUGUCCGUCGUACCAAUGGUACGUCAUUAUAAAACACGUAUGGAAAGAAAUCUAGUAAGUAGACCAUAUAUCAUGUCUGGUUAUAGUUCAGUAAAAGAACAUAAACGUACAUUACAUAUUACACCAAUGAGACGUGAAUAUCAAACAUCAUUAGAACAUAAUUUACCAGCUAGGCCGAUAUUAGAAAAAGGUUAUGCAGCCGAAGAAGGACGUGAAUAUGAAAUGAAUGUUGUACCUAUUGUACCUCACACUGAUUAUAAAACUGAAUUAACAACUGAUAUUUAUAGUAAACCAGAGCUGACACCAGGCUAUACUACAGAAACUGAACAUAUUCGAUCAUUUGAAAUUACUCCAAUGGUACCGGAAUAUCAUACAAAAAUGGAACGAAAAAUAGCAAGUCAUCCCAUACUUGAAGCUGGUUAUUCAUCAGAAGAAGAACAUGAACACAAAUUGGACAUUAUUCCCAUGACUACUUCAUAUAAAACUGAACUGAACACUGACGUAUCCUCUAAACCAGAAUUGAUGCCUGGAUAUGCUGUUGAAACUAAACAUCCUAUCAAACUUGAAGUCACACCAAUAGUUCCAGAAUAUCGUACUGAAUUAGAUACAAAAGUUGCUAGUCAUCCACAUUUAGAGGAAGGUUAUACAUCGGAAGGUGAACAUGAGCAUCAAAUGGAACUGAUACCGCUAGUACCUGAAUACAAAACACAACUGUCAACAGAUUUAUCAGCAAAGACUGAAGUGAUUAGUGGUUAUGAAAGUCGAUUACAUUAUGAAAAAACUUAUCUUAUGGAAACUCAAUUAAAACAAUAUGAAACUGCAAUUUCAACUCAUCUACCAAGUAGACCAUCUUUAACAUCAAUAUUUGAGUCGACUUUUGAACAUGAAACAAAUAUGAAUGUCGUUCCAGUUGUACCACAGAUUGAACAUCAUAAAAGUCAAUUGAUUACUGAUUUCUACGCUAGAUACCGUCCAGUAGAUGUAAUUGUUGAAGUACCUAUUCCACCAGAAUUUGUAAAACCUCUAGCAAAUGUUGUAGCUGAUGAAGGAGCAUGUGUUGUUAUAGAAGGUCUUGUAAAUGGAACACCACAACCCAAAGUAUCAUGGUAUCGUUCCGGACGUCAAUUAUCUGAUGGUCCUGAUUUCCGUUUAGAUUAUACAAAUAAUCGUGUACGAUUAACACUCAGUGAAGCAUUUCCUGACGAUGCAGGUGAAUAUACUUGUGAAGCUGAAAAUAUUGCAGGUUGUGCACAAAGUACUGCAAAUUUAAUAGUGCGUGGUCGUUUAAUGACGCCAAGAUUUAUUAAAGGACUUGAAAAUCAAAUAAUAUAUGAAAGAGAAUCAGUUCGAUUAAUUGUUAAAGUAGAUGGACAUCCACCACCAACAGUUACAUGGACUCGUGAUGGUCAUGAGAUUACAAGUUCUCCGAACUAUAUACUUGAGUGUGAAGGUAAUGGUAUUUAUGCACUCAAUAUACCUGAAGCAUUCUUUGAAAAUUCUGGUCGUUAUUCUGUAAUUGCUGAGAAUCCAGCUGGAAAAUGUAUUUCUUCUGGUUUGUUAACUGUUUUAGAACCAGAAAGACCUUAUCCCCGUGAAUUAGAUAAGUUAUGUCUAAGCCAGUUGACAGUGCAAGUAGAAGGUCUAAAACAAGUUCAAAUACCAUCUCCAGAACCUCGACCGUACCCUGAGAAGCCAUAUUUCACAAAAACCUUCAGUCCAGAAAUAGAAUUAUAUGAGGGCGAACGAUUAAUUUUAACAGCUGAAGCUUGUGGUAAUCCAAUACCAUUCAUUAAAUGGUAUCUAAAUGGACAACCUUUAGUUGAUAGCCCAGAUCAUCAACAAACUCAAGUUGGACCACCAGUGUCUGAUGUGAAUGAAUUACAGCCUCAUCCAGUAAUCAUGACAGGACAUUUAAUUAUGAAUGAACUAUUCUCAGAAGAUUCUGGUCUUUACACAUGUGUAGCAGAAAAUAUAGCGGGUCAAGCAGAAGUUAUGUCUAAUAUAAGCGUUAUAACGAAAACUAUAAGCGAUACAAAAAAGCCAACUGUUCAACCACCGGAGUUUAUUAAAUUCCCAGAAUCUCCAAUAAGAGUUCAACCUGAUCAAGAAUUGAUAUUAGAAGUAGAAGUUAAAGGUUUACCAUUGAAUUCAUUGAAUUGGUAUCAUAAUGGCAUGAUUGUAUAUAGUAAUCCGAAUCAAUUCAUUCAAAAUAUACCAAAUACAGGGAUUACAAGAUUAAUUGUUCAACAAAUUCAACCAGAUGAUCAAGGAGAAUGGUUAGUGACAGCUACAAAUCCAGCUGGUUCAUGUUCAAAAUGUCUUCAAAUAAUUUGUGAAGAACCUAUAUCUGUUCUACCAGAGCCAGUUGUUCAUACUGAAUAUGAAUUGAAAUUAAGUCACCCAUCAAUGGAUAUCACUGAUUUAUCGCAUACAUAUCAACAACAAACAAUAUUUAUACAACCAGAAAUGAUUCCACCAAAUUUCAUUGAACGAUUUCCUAGUGAACUUAAAAUAAAUGAAAAGAUCCCAUUACAUAUACAUGGCAGAGUUUAUGGUCAGCCCAAACCAAGCGUACAAUGGCUUAAAAAUGGGAAACCAUUGUAUUCAAAUGAAAGGAUACAUUAUCAUGUAUUGGACAAUGGUGAAGUGGGAUUGGAAAUUACAGAACCAACUGAAGCUGAUUCUGGGAUUUAUGUAGCAUCAGCGAAAAAUCCUGCUGGAGAAGAUCAUUGUAUUGUUAACCUAUCCGUUGUACAGCUGUCAAGCGUUGCCCCAACUGGUCAACCACCAGUAUUCUGUCGAGGUCCUCUCCCUUGGUCUCCGACAGAAGCUGGUCCGAUAAUCACCUGUCCUGGUGUGUUAAACCUACAAGAAGGUCAGCCUGUUCGCUUAGAAGCUGAAGUAAUCGGGAAACCAGUCCCAACAGUAUCAUGGUUUAUUAAUGGUCGUCCGAUUACCAUGGAUAAAACGCACAAGAUCGUCCCCAUGCGUGCAAACGUAUGUUCACUAAUUCUAGACACACCCGUACCUAAUAUUGAUUCUGGUGUCUGUAGUUGUAUUGCUACUAAUCAAUUUGGUCAAGCGGAACUUCGAUUUAAUAUACAUGUCGAAGGUAAACCACAAACAAUUUUACAGGCUCCUCGGUUCAUACAAAAACCACCUACUCAACUAACAGCACCCCUUAAUGAAGAAGUUACAUUGCAUGCGGUUGCAGAAGGAAUACCACAACCAGUACUUUCAUGGCAUAAAGAUGGAAAGUUAUUCACUGGAACAUCAGAUGGUCGUAUUCAAAUUUCAACAAAUGAACUAGAGACAACACUUCAUUUUGCAGCUUUACAAUCUGAAGAUUUAUGCACAUGGCAGUGUUUAGCAGCAAAUAUAGCUGGAACUGCUUCAGCAAGAACAAAAAUUUUAGCACCAAUUGAAGAGAAACCUAAAGAAAUAAUUCGAAAGUUUAGUAUACCAAAGAAACAACCAGAAGGGCUACAAGAAAUAACCUCCCCUUAUCCAAUAAUAAUGUCACCACCUCAGUCAGUAUGUAUAAAUGAAGGUGAAAAUGCUCGUUUUACAGCUCAUGUUGUUGCAAAUCCAUCACCAAUUGUAACAUGGUACGUCAAUGGCCAACCUGUACCUUCCUAUGGAAUUAUGCAAGCACAACAACCGGAAAGUGAAGAAAUACGAUACAUCAGUAGAUUUGAUGGUUUGAUUUAUUAUCUAGAUAUGCAGAAAUGUAAACCUGAAGAGGCAGGUGAAAUAUAUAUUGUAGCUCAACGAAGUGAUAUUUCACCGGAAUUAGUAAACAUUGAACCAAAUGCUGUUGUACGUGCAUCUGCUAAACUGGAGGUGAUACCAGUAAUUGAUUUACGUGCACAACUCAAACCAAUACCAAAACCGUCUAUUGAAGUAAUAGCUGAAAAAGUUAUGCCAGCACAAGAAGGUCCUGCAAUGCGUGCACCACGGUUCUUGAAAUUUUUACAACCCCAAACUGUUCCUGAAUCUUCAGAAAUAACGUUUUCAGUUGAAUUCGAUGGGGAACCAGCACCUGAAGUUACCUGGGCACGUGAACAAGUCGAUAUAAAUAAUAGAGAAAACUAUAAGAUAACAACAACUUCUACAACUAGUCAACUUGUUAUUUCAAAAGUUCUUUUAGAAGAUACAGGGAAUUUCUCAGUUACAUUGCGUAAUCCAGCUGGACAAGCUUGCAGUAAAUCAAGGCUUACAGUGACACAAAUUAAAGUAUCAGGAAAAGCUCCUGAAUUCAUACCACCAUUAAUAGAAUCACAGAUUGUAGAAGCUGGAGAACCAAUUACAUUUGAAUGCAAGGUUACUGGUGAACCAACUCCACAAGUUCAUUGGGAACGAAAUGGAGAGCGGUUACCUCUAAAAGAUCUUGAAUAUAUACGCGUAUUUGAUGCGCCACCGUUUCAUACUCUUGUAUUAUGUGAAACUGUACCAGAUGAUUCUGCUGAGUAUCGUUGUGUAGCAAUAAAUGCUCAUGGACAGUCAAUUUGUAAAGCAAAUGUUACUAUACAAGCUAAACCAGCUGCUAUUGUCCCACCAAGAAUUAUUCAAGAACCAAAAAGUGUAACUGUCAUGGAGUCUCAUCCAGUUCAACUAAUUGCACUAAUAGAAGGUACACCGAUGCCAGAAAUUACUUGGUUACUAAAUAAUGAAAUUAUUAAACCAUCGCGUUACUUUCUUCCUGAAAUUCGAUCAGAUGGUUAUACAAUACUUAAUAUUUCUAGUGUUUAUCCAGAAGAUACUGGAAUUUAUACAGUACGUGCUGUGAACUCUGGUGGAGAAGCUCAAGCAUCAGCGGAAAUCUUAAUUUCUGCUCCAUUACAAACUGCUCCACAAUUUGUGAAACCUUUACCUACUGGGACACUGGAAGUAAAAGAAGGUGGACGAGUAUUCUUGGAAGUUCAAGUUUCAGGCGAACCAAUACCUCAAAUUGAUUGGUAUCAUAAUGGUCAGUCUUUACAAUCUGGACCAAUUUGGAAAGUUAAAACUGAUAGAUAUACUUCACAACUUGAAUGUAAUGUAAUCUCCAUGAAUGAUGGUGGUGAAAUUCUUGUCAGAGCAACUAAUUCAGUUGGUCAAACAACUACGCAAACAAAAGUGGUGAUAAUCCGAUCAGGACCCAAACCAACUCCACCAGUUUUUCAAAAACGUCUUCAACCUCAAGUAAAGGCACCAGAGCAUCACACUGUCACGUUGGAAUGUUCAGUAAAUGGAUGUCCGGAACCAACUUUACGAUGGUUUCAUAACGGUGUGGAGUUUGAACCAGUUUUAAUAUCAUCCUUUUCUCAUGAAAUGGCUGCUAAGAGAGAAUUAUAUGUUGAUGAGGCGACACAUACAUAUACCUUACACAUACAUGAUUUAAACGCUUUUGAUGUUGGAGAAGUUAUGGUACGCGCAGAGAAUGAACUUGGCGUAACUAUGUGUAGUAGUGUAUUAGAAUUAGAAAUUCUUGAUGGAAAAAUUGUUGAACCACGUUUUAUACGUCAACCACCGGAAAGAAUUGAAUUACAACCUGGAGAUAGCGCUCAAUUAGAGUGUGAAGUGGAAUCAGAACCACCUGUUACAUUUAAAUGGUAUUUAAAUGGAAUACAAUUGGAUCAGUCAAAUAAACGAUUUAAAGUUCUUGAAGAUGUAAAUCGUACAACUCUUAUAAUUCCAUCUGUUCAACAAGAUAUUCUUCCUAGUGAAGUGAUUAUUGAAGCUGCUGGUCAAACUGCUAAAACAGAUGAUUUAUCAGUACCUGAACCACCAGAAUUACGUUUUAGUCGACAACUUCCAUCAAAUUUAGCAUAUAGUGAAAUGGAUGAUACAAUAAUUCUUGAUGUAGAAGUGGAUAAACCAGAAAUAUCAUCAAUUGAAUUACCUAAACCUACAUUUAGUUGGUAUAUGAAUGGAAUAGAUAUAUUUUUAUUACCACCUCAUAAGAAACCUGAACGUUAUAAUGUUUCACAAGAUAAUCCAUGGCAUAGUCGAUUAACUAUUAAUAAACCUGGUACAUGGGAUUUUGGUGAAAUCACUUGUUUUGUAACACGUUUAACUGAUAAAAAAGAAGAAAAAAUUUAUACUUCAUGUACUCUUGAACUUACUUAUCAACCAAUUAAACCAGACGAACAAUCUAAACCAAUUAUAUCAAGACUUGAAUUUGCACCACAAUUUAUUCAAGGUUUACCAGAAAAAUUAACACCAGAAGUUGGAUCAACUGUUGUAAUGGAUAUUAUAUUAAAAUCGAAUCCAAUACCUGAUAUUCAAUGGGUAAUAAGUUCACCAUUAACAGCUGAAAGAUUUGAAUAUUUCGGUCCAGAACAAAUUGAUAAUGAAACAUUACAAUAUCGACAGUCUACAUCAAUAUGUCAUAUACAACCAAAAGAACAAGAAAUUGUUAAUAUACAAUUUGCUAAAACAUUAAAUUCACAAUUAGAAGUUGUAUUAGAUCAAUCAAUUGAAUUAGAAUGUUCUAUUAUACCAACUAACAUACCAAUUGAAUUUCGUUGGUAUAUUAAAGGUGUAGAAAUUACUGCUGAACAUAUACCAUAUGAAAUAAAUACUACUGAUUUUACAUCUAUAUUAAAAAUUCCUAAAAUUAAUUCUGAAAUGAUUGGUAGUACUAUUAGUGUAUCAGUAUGUUCUCCAUAUAGUAAUGAAUUAAAAAGUUCUUGUGAAUUAUAUACAAUAUCUGAAUCUCAUUACCAAUUAUUGAAGAUAUAA